AUGCUACAGAGCUGCCAAUUUAAAGAUGAAAUAUCCAAACGGUUCAAAGCCAAGCAGGAGCAGCUGGUGCUUAUCUUUGCUGGGAAGAUCCUGAAGGAUGGAGAUACGCUCAGCCAACACGGAAUAAAGGAUGGCCUCACUGUGCACUUGGUCAUAAAAACAGCGCAGAGGCUCCCGGACUCUGCCACACAGCCGUCGACGUCAGCCAGCGCUCCGUGCGUGGAGGAGACGGCAGCGAGGCCGGAGCAGCCUGCGGCCGCGGUCACCAGCACGAGCGGCGGGGCCAGCACCACGACCACGGCCGGAGCACCCCCACCCUCCCAGUCUGUCUUGUCUGGAUUCGGCGGCAUUCCCGGACUCGGGAGCCUCGGAAUGGGCUCGGCAAACUUCAUGGAGCUGCAGCAGCAGAUGCAACGGCAGCUGAUGUCAAACCCGGACAUGCUGGCGCAGAUCAUGGAGAACCCCUUCGUGCAAAACAUGAUGUCCAACCCCGACCUCAUGAGGCAAAUGAUCAUGUCCAACCCUCAGAUGCAACAGCUGAUGGAGAGAAACCCGGAGAUCAGUCACAUGUUAAACAACCCCGAACUCAUGAGACAGACGAUGGAACUGGCCCGCAACCCGGCUAUGAUGCAGGAGAUGAUGAGGAACCAGGACCGGGCACUCAGCAACCUGGAGAGCAUCCCCGGCGGCUACAAUGCGCUACGACGCAUGUACACCGACAUCCAGGAGCCCAUGUUCAGUGCGGCCAGGGAACAGUUUGGGGGCAACCCAUUCACAGCCCUGGGUGGAGGCUCGGACAGCAACGCCCAGCCGUCACGGACCGAGAACAGGGAGCCUUUGCCCAACCCCUGGGUACCAACUUCGCCCUCGUCUCCAGCCGCCAGCACCACCAGCGAGGGAGGCAACGGCAGCAACCAGACAAGCGCACCCGUGUCCAACCCCUUCAGCAUCAACUCAGGGAGCUUAGGAAACGGGAUGUUUAACAGUCCAGGGAUGCAGAGCUUAAUGCAGCAGAUCUCGGAGAACCCUCAACUAAUACAGAACAUGCUGUCUGCGCCGUAUAUGAGGAGCAUGAUGCAGUCUCUGUCCCAGAACCCCGACCUCGCUUCACAGAUUUUAAUGAAUAACCCGUUGUUUGCCGGCAACACACAGCUGCAGGAUCAGCUCCGACUCCAGAUGCCCAUCUUCUUGCAGCAGAUGCAGAACCCAGACGUGCUGUCGGUGAUGGCCAACCCGCGGGCAAUGCAGGCUCUGCUCCAGAUCCAGCAGGGGCUACAGACCCUGCAGAACGAGGCACCGGGACUCCUGCCAGGGUUCAGCCCCGGUGUCCCCGCGCCUGUCUCUGGUCUCGGCAGCCCAGGCAGUGGAUCGACGGCCCCCACCGCAGCGCCCGGCGCGGGCACGGGCACGGGCCCCGGCACGGUGAACAGCAGCAGCUCUGCCAGCCCAGCGCCCACCUCCACCGGCCCCGGGCCUGGCACCCUGCCCGGCCCUGGCACCCCACAACAGCAGCUCAUGCAGCAGAUGCUACAGAUGUUAGCCGGCGCCAACACCCAAGUACAGAACCCGGAGGUGCGAUUCCAGCAGCAGUUGGAGCAGCUGAGCGCCAUGGGCUUCAUCAACCGUGAGGCUAACCUGCAAGCCCUCAUUGCCACGGGCGGGGACAUAAACGCUGCUAUCGAGAGACUGCUGGGCUCGCAGCCUUCGUAAGCCGGCCGACCCCACCACCUCCCUCCGCAACUGGGCGGCAGGAACCCCACGAGGACACAUCCAAGUCCAAACUGAUUCAAAACACAGCUCGUCCGAACUGAUCAUCUCUCCACCCUCUCCAGUACGUACCAUCCCCGUGGCUUCAAUCGACAAGAAACUCUCUGCCCCCGUUGAGUUGUAGCGGCGAGGCGGCGACUCUCUUUGCUGUACAGCGUUGGUCGGCCUGUUUCACCCACCUCCCCGCCCGCUUCUGUGUUCGGUAUUCGCUAUCCAGAGCCUGGAUCCAGUGGUUUAAAAAGAAAUGUGAACAUAAAAGAUUAACAUUGCUAA